AUGGCAACUCAUAAAAUAAUCCCAACAAGACGUGAAUCUUCGAGAGAAGUACGAACCAUUCAAGAUCUUCUUCUCAUUUGGUUAGACAGCAACAUCGAUGAACAUGACAAAGGCUGUCAAAUGACUCUCGCCGAACUCCGAAAUGUUGUUAAUCAUCUAGAAACUUAUGUAAAUACUGAUAAAUGCAUUGAAUUCAUCGAAACAAUCGAAGAUCGGAGAGUUUUCAUGAUUAUUUCUGGUUCACUCGGACAGCAUGCGCUUCCUCGUUUACAGCAACAAUCUCAAAUCGAUUCGAUUUUCAUCUUUUGCAGGAACAAGCAGUUUCACGAACAAUGGGCGAGAGAAUGGCCACAGAUCAAAGGAGUUUUCAUCGAGAUCAACUCCAUCUGUGAAAUUCUCAAACAAGAAGUUCAACAAGCGAAACACAACGCUGUCUCAAUGAGUUUCUUGGGAUGUGAUGAACGAUCGGAUCAACUCGAACCGUCUUAUAUGUAUACACAGAUACUAAAAGAAAUUUUACUGAGUAUUGUCUAUGACGAUAAACAUAUCAAAGAUUAUGCCAACUAUUGUUACAAGAUCUUCGAUAAGAAUGAAAAAGUAAUGAACGAUAUCAAGAAAUUCAAACGGAAAUAUCACCAAAAAACACCGAUAUGGUGGUAUACUUGCGAAUCUUUCUUGUAUCCUAUGCUGAACGACGGAAUACGAUUUUUGGAUGGAGAUAUUAUGACUCGACUGGGUUUCUUUAUUAAAGAUUUACAUCAGAACAUCGAGAAGGUACAUAAAAAACAGCAGGUUGCUCAAACGUUUACAGUCUAUCGUGGGCAAAAGUUAUCGGUCGAUGAUUUUGAACGACUUCGACGCACAAAGGGCGGAUUGAUGUCAUUUAAUAGUUUCUUAUCCACAAGUACAAAGCGAGAAAUAUCUCUUGGCUUCGCUCGGCAGGGUCUAUCUAAUAAAAAUCUUCUAGGGAUUCUCUUCACGAUGGAAAUUGAUCCGAAACAAUCGACAGUACCAUUUGCUUCCAUUUCUCAACUGAGUAACAUGCCGAAUGAGAACGAAGUACUGUUUUCAAUGCUUAAUGUCUUCACUGUCGAUGAGAUCAGACAAAUCGAUGGAAAUCAUCAACUGAUGGAAGUCCAUUUGACACUUACGCACGAUAACGAUCCAGAUCUAACGAAUCUGACGAGACGCAUUCGAGCGGAGAGUUUCCCAUUGGAGAAACCGUGGGAACGAUUGGGUUUAGUUCUGAAAAAACUAGGUCAAUACGACAAAGCCGAAGAAAUCUUUCGAAAACUAUUAGAUCAAACAAAGACUGACAACGAAAAGAAACGAAUUUAUCAUCAACUUGCACUUCUCAAAGACAAACAAGGCAAAUAUGAAGACGCAAUUCAACUCUACGAAAAAGUGCGAGUUCUACAUGGCAGAACACUUCCAGACAAUCAUCCUGAUUUGGCAGCAUAUGAUAAUAAUAUCGGUUUGGUGUAUUUAAACCAAGGUGAUUAUUCAAAAGCACUUUCAUAUCAUCAGAAAGCUCUUGCAAAUCGUCAACAAUCCCUUCCUACUAACCAUCCACAUUUAGCCACAUCUUAUGACAACAUUGGCAUCGUCUAUAGUGCAAUGAACGAAAGCACAAAAGCAUUAGAUCAUUUUGAAAAAGCUCUUGCGAUUCGUCAACGAAUACUUCCAUCAAAUCAUCCGGAUUUAGGUGCGUCGUACGGCAACAUGGGCAAUGUGUACUACGCAUUGCAAGAUUAUUCAAAAGCACUUUCGUUUUACGAGAAAGCACUUGAAAUUAAAAGAAAAUCACUCCCUCCGCAUCAUCCCGAUCUCGCAGCAAUAAAUAACAAUAUGGGUUAUGUCUACGAAAAUACGAAUAAUCAGGUCAAAGCUCUGGUGUUCUUUGAACAAGCGGUGCAGAUAUCGAAAAAAGCAUUGCCUUCGAAUCAUCCAACUCGUGAAAUAUAUGAAAGAAAUUCUGAGCGUUUGAAAAAUAAAGUUUAUUCAUAG